CAAACGCCUACUAGAUCACUUUUAUAAAAACUUGCAUCACUUUUCAAAGGGCUGUUGACUUGGAGAAGGUAAGUGCUGCUCUUACAAUCCAUGGCAGAAACUUUCUUGUUCAACAUCAUUGAAAGAGUUUUGGCAAAAGUUUCUUCAGUUGCUGUAUAUGAGAUCAGUUUAGCUUGGAAUGUUAAGACUGAGUUAAGAAAAUUACAGAGCACUUUAUCCACAAUCAAAGCUGUACUUUUAGAUGCAAAUGAGCAGCAGGCAAAGAACCAUGAAGUGAGAGAUUGGCUGGAAAAGCUAAGAGAUGUUGUUUAUGAUGUCGAUGAUUUGCUCGAUGAUUUGUCAACACAGCUAACACUACAAAUGCAUUUUCAGAAAAGCCUUAAGAAGAAGGUAAGAAAAUUCUUUUCAAGUUCAAAUCCAAUUUUUUAUCGAUUCAAGAUUGGUAGAAAGGUAAAAGAGAUUAGGGAGCUAUUGAAUGAGAUUGCACAUGAUAGAAAAAGUUUCCAUUUUACUGAACAUACUUAUCUAAAUCCAGUUGAGAAUAUUUGUAGAGAACAAACACAUUCCUUUGUAAGGGCCUCCGAUAUUAUUGGUAGAGAAACUGAUCAAGAAAACAUAGUAAAACAGCUCAUAGAUGCUCGUGAAGAGGAAAAUAUUUCUGUGAUUCCUAUUGUUGGACUUGGAGGGCUUGGAAAAACCACACUUGUUAAGUUGGUUUAUAACAAUAAUAAGGUAGUUCAGAAUUUUGACCUGAGAAUGUGGGUUAGUAUUUCAGAAGAUUUUAGUCUGAGUAAGGUAAUUGAGAAAAUUCUGCGGUCUGCAACAGGAGAGAGUUUUGGCCACCUAGAUAUGGACCAAUUACAAAGUCAUUUGAGUGAGGUUUUGCGAUCGAAAAGGUAUUUACUUGUACUGGAUGAUGUGUGGAAUGAAGAUCAAAACAAGUGGACGGACUUGAGGGAGUUGCUGAUGAAUUGUUCUAGAGGUAGUAAGAUUGUUGUCACUACACGCAGUAAGAUGGUUGCUUUGAUUACUGGAACAGUUGCACCUUACUAUUUGGGUGGUCUUGCUGAUGAUGAGUGCUUAUCUUUAUUUUUGAAAUGUGCAUUUGUAGGGGAGGACAAAUUGUUGCCUAAUCUAGUAGAAAUAGGAAAAGAAAUUGUAAAAAAGUGUGGAGGAGUGCCUUUGGCUGUGAAAACCUUGGGAAGGUUAUUGUAUAUGAAAACAGAUGAAAAUGAAUGGUUGCGGAUAAGGGAUAAUGAGAUAUGGGAGAUCGAACAGAAACAAUCCGAUAUUUUACCAAUAUUGAGAUUGAGCUAUGAACAGAUGCCAUCACAUCUAAGACAGUGUUUUGCCUAUUGCUCCAUGUUAUCCAAAGGUCAAGAAAUUCCGAGAGAGGACUUCAUCAACCGCUGGAUUGCUCAAGGAUUUAUACAGAGUUCAAACGGAUCCAGGAAGUUGGAAGAUAUUGGUAAUCAGUACUUUGAUGAGUUACUAUCAAGGUUUUGCUUCCUAGAUGUGGUACAAGCUUUUGAUGGAGAAAUAUUGGCUUGUAAGUUACACAAUCUUGUGCAUGAUCUUGCACAGUCAGUGGCAGGUUCUGAAUGUUUAAACGUGAAAUCUAAUGCCUCUGUGGUUUCUGAAAGAGUUCGCCACUUAUUUUUUCAUGCAGAAGAUAUGUCUAGGAAACACUUCCCAAGAUUUUUACUUUCUUUGCAAAAGUUGAGGUCUUUUUCUUACUCAUUUAACAUUGGACCUGUAAACAAGUUUUUUGUCAAGACAAUGUUAUCAAAUUUCAAAUGCCUUCGGGUGUUAGUCUUGAACAAUUUAGAUUUUGGGGAGUUGCCAACUUCAAUAGGUCACUUGAAGGAAUUAAGAUAUCUUAACCUUAGUGACAAUGGUAACAUCAAGUUUCUCCCAAGGUCUAUGAGCAAAUUAGUAAAUUUGCAGACUCUUAACCUCAUUAAUUGUGAACAGCUUAAGGAGUUGCCAAGAGACUUUGAAAAGUUAAUCUGUUUGAAGACCUUGUAUUUGACUACAUAUAAGAUAUCAGCAGGGAAGAAUCAACAAUCUUUCCCUUCUCUUCAAUUUUUGCUUCUUUUCAAGUGUUGUUUCCCAAAAUUGCAGCCAGAACUGGUGCAGCAGUUUACUGCGCUUCGGAUUUUGCGUAUCUAUGAAUGCCGGAGUUUAUAUUCUCUUCCAAGCAGUAUUAGAUACCUGACUUCACUUGAAAAGCUAUGGAUUUGGAACUGUGAAGAACUUGAUUUGAUGGAUGGAGAGGGAAUGGUAGGCCUAACAAGUUUACGAUCGUUGCUUCUAAUGGGGCUCCCUAAGUUGGUGACUCUACCAUUGGGGCUUAAAGAUACUGCUCAUGCAACACUGAAGUACUUUAGAGUUGCCGAUUGUCCCAACCUAGCGGUGCUUCCAGAAUGGCUGCAGAAUUGCUCUUCACUUCAGAGGCUGUAUAUAGAGGAUUGCCCUGUAUUGGCAUCAAUACCCCAAGGAAUCUACAACCAUAAUGCCGAAGUCCAUAUAAUCGACUGUCCAUUGCUAAGUGGAGGAUGUUAAUGACACAGGUGCAAGAUCAGUGUUAUCAAAGGUGCGCUUAAGCCUUGAAGCGAGGCUCAAAACAUGUUGAGCGCUUAGCAGGCGCUUCAGUGUUGUCAUCAAGGCUCUAAGACAUUCUGACACUAAGCAAUUGAUAUUAUCAUAAAUUUUCUUCAAUUUCUUUGUCCAUAUAUUUGGUAUUCAUGCUUAUAGAUAUUAGUCUUGGA